AUGAAACAAUUGGUGCUCGUCGUCGCCCUAGCUUUGCUUUGUACAUCAGUUGGUUGGGCGCAGCUGCUGUCGCCGUCACCGCCCGCCAACCCGAAGAACGACGUGUUGAAGGUGAACGACAUGCAAGCCGUCCCAGUUCGCAUUGGUGUCGGGCGCAUAAGCGAUUGGAACAACCCUGAUGUUCGUCUACUGGCCCGUCUCGCCGUCGCCAUUGUUCAGAAGAAGCUCGCCCGGGGAACACCCUUCGAGAAGAUUGGCUACUACAAGGGCCGCGGCGUCAACCAUGUCGACAUGAAAUUCCCUGACCCGAAGCACUUGGCGCCAGUGAUCGACCGCAAACAAACAUACAUCGAUAGCAAGAAAGAGGGCAGGGUAACGGCGAUCUUCCCGACGGUCACCUUGCCCGCGGGCCUCACUCCACCACCGCCCAGAGCCUCAUCAUCACCAGCACCGCCACCAUCGUCCCAACAACCGCCGAAUCGCGAC